UCCUGUUUGUAACCGAAAACGUCGAAAGACGAUAAAAAUAGCAGCAACAUUGGUGCACUUCUUGCUGAACAUGCUCACAUACAGGUGAAAGGGUUUGUCAGACAAGGAUAUAUUGGACAUUUGACCCUAUAAAUUCAGGAUGUCAGAUUGCAAACCUCAAUAUGUGGCCAUUGGUCUGACAUUGACUGGACUGCUGAUAUCUGUGUGUUUAAAUGUUGUAUUCUAUUUAUUAAGGAGAAAGAAAAAAAUAUAUUCAGCUAAUGAAAACAUGCUGGAAUAUAGAGAUGAGCCAUUACGUCAAGAUUCACUUCGGUCGUACAGGUUUGAGGAUGAUGAGAUGGAAAGACAGGAAAAUCCCAUUUAUGGAAAUAUCUGUUUAGAUGGUGGAGAACCUUUUGAAAUGUCUCCGGAGGUGUGCUAUGAACAAAUGUCCCAUGCAAACACAGCAAAGCAGCAAUUAAAGGUCAAGCAGGGGGAUGUGUCCUAUGCCUCUCUGGAUCUGACUGCCAAUAAAAAGCGUAGGAAGAAGAGAAAAUACCACAAACAAGCUCAAGCUCACCAAGCCCAGACACAUCCUCAACCUGCAUCCCAGCAGGACUGCAUGGAUGAGGAGGACGAGGCUGAUGUCAUCCUCCCGUCCCGGAGCAGCAGCCUCAUGGUUUCACGACAUAGCAUCUACCUCAACAGUCAUCAAGUAGCCCUGGAGGCAGAAGAGAGGGAGAGAGAGAGGGAGAGGGAGAGGGAGAGAGAGAGGGAGAGAGAGAGGGAGAGAGUAAGAGAGGAGGAUAUGGAAAGAGAAAGAGAUGAUAAUGCAGCGAUAGAGUUUGAGAUGCACAGAAAUGUGCAUGAAGACUUUGAUUACUCCCUCAGUAGAUCAAGACAAAGUCUAGAACAGGACAGUUAACAGUUUUAGAGUAAAAAAAAAAACAACUUUAGCAUCUUUAAAGAUGAAACAUAGGAUACUGUGGGGUGGUGUUAUUUAAAGCUCAUCGCUAAAGUAAAUAAGUCACACCCCGAAUCUUAAUUUCUGUCUGUUCAAAAGCAUGCAGAGGAGACCAGCUAUCUGUUCUCAGGUUGUGUCCAUCGAGACACAUCUAAAUCAGUUUAUCAUUUCAAAUAUGCUUUCUUCUUUCUUGUAUUUGAAAGUUGGUCUGUUUGUUGUUGUAUUCAGUAGGAAGAAUAUGUUAACAAAUAUUUAUGUUUUAUGAUAUUUUUCAGGCUCACAUAAAUGUAUAUUUGUGCAAAUGAGGUUGACUCAAGUCAUGUGAUGUACACCAGGGCCCCCCACGCUUUUAAUAUCACUCGUCCCCCGCACUUUUUUUGGUCAAGUGUGUUCGCAUAGAAGUUUUCAAGAGCUCCAUAAAUAUAGAUUUAAACUCAAAGACACGGGAUAGUCUGCGCAUGACCUGAUAUUUUAUUCGGACCCGCGACAUGAACAUCACGGAGCACUAAACACUGUUCACUGGAGGGAGCUCUCGCGCAGAAAGUCGUAACCAGAAAACUCCUAAUAUGGACAAAAGCUUCCAGCUAUCGCUGUAUUUUCAAAGAAAACCAGAAGCGUUUGGAAACAUGAAAACAUUCAACAUAUGAUUGUGACAAGAUAUGGUUUAUUUGUUUUUAAAGUCAUCUCCAGGUAGCCUAAUAAGCCUAAUAAGUAGCCUAUAUGAACAAUGCAAUGCUGAUUCAUUAUUACAGUAUAGAAACUACUGCCUUAUGUGAUUAAAAAACGUGUUUGUAGUUUAUAAACAAAUCAUUAGACUAUUCUUGGUUAUUGUCCAGCAGUUAUAGAUUUAAUAUGCCUUUAAAUACUACCAGUCAAAGUUUAUAAACAGUAGGAUUGUUAGUUUUUCAAAGAAGUCUGUUCUAUUCACCAAGCCUCCAAACAUUAUUUGAUCUAAA